AUGUCCGUGCUGGACGCCUCGAAGGGCAGCUCAAUCGGUCGGGUCACACUGUUGGAUGAAGGCAUCAUGGAUGUACCGGUACUUCAUGGCCAACCGCUUCAGAUGGAAGGCUCUCUUCAUUCUGGUACCCCCUGGCUGGGCAAAGCCUUGGCACUGCCGUCAUGGCGCAAGGCGCACUGGAAACAGUUAUGCAUGCCGAGACGGCCUACUACUACCGUCGGUAAUGCGGCAUCGCAAACGAACGCCCAGGUAUGA